AGAUUGAUCAUGUUGAUAUUUGAUUACUAGAAAAUAUUUGGUAGCUAACCAUGAUUCGUUGUGAUGUUUUGAUACAUUAAGAUAUUUUUAUAUUAUCUUUGUUUGCUCUAGACUAAAAUGGAAGAAAUCGAAAGCAUAGUACCGCCGGACCUACCAACCAAUUCUUUUGAUACGGAUUUAAUCCAUUUGGUAGAAUUGACUCACAUUUUAAAUCCAUUCAACUUUUACGUUCGGCCUAUAAAAUAUAAAUCUAUCAUCCAAGACUGGGAAUCCAUGGAAACUAAAAUCAAGCCAGCAAGAUUCAACAUACAAGAUUUGGUAAUAUUUAAUUUGGGUUAUUCACGUGGUGGUCGUAAGUACAUAAGAGGACGAAUAACUCGUAUAUCAAAAGUUGAUAAAUUCCUAAUGUACGAUGUGUUUGCGAUUGAUUAUGGUUUUAAAGAAAAAUCAAUCCCAUACGAAUACGUAUGGGAAUGCUCACAAGAAUUGGCAAAUAUACCACCACUAGCUUAUAAUUGUCGGCUCGCUAACUGUUACCCGAUGGAGGCCCAAGGUUUUACGUCUGACACAAACGAUGCUAUUAAAGAUUAUAUUGGAAACGAACCUGCGAAAAUUAAAUUUUUAGGCAAGAAACCAAAUAAGAUUCUGGUUGACUUAGUAAAUUCUAAAAAAGAAAACAUUGCGAUACUGCUAGCUAUCGACGGCUAUUCAACAAUAGGUCUUUCUUCUGAGGAAAUGGCUAGAAAUCCUGUUAUACGUGGCAAAAGAAUUUAUUUUUAUUUCAAAGAGCUUAGGAUUGGUGAAACACUACACGUGAGGGUUCAAUCAGGCAAUUCUCUCAACGGAUUCUAUGUUGCCAAAGUUAGUGACUACCAUAAAUACCUUCAAGAAAUUGAUAUCGUAUCAUUUUACGCCAGAAGAGAAUCUUCGCUUUUGCCCCUGCAUUUAGUUGCGGGACGUUUAGUAUGUGUAAAAAUUAAUAGAGAAAAUAAAUACGAAAGAGCUUUUAUCAAAAAAGUUACAAAGCCCAAUGUAAGUGCUAUCGUACAACUCGUAGAUUGGGGCAGAGAUGAGGAAUUUCAUAUAGAAAAAAUGAAAUAUAUGCACCCACAUUGCUUGAGGACACCAGUCCUUUCGAUUUAUUGCAAAUGUGAAGAGAAUCAAGCUUGGGAUAACGGAUUGGACUCUUUUUUGACUCCGGGAUAUGAAUUUAAUAUAACAAUUAAAAGUCUAGGACAUAAUUUCAAAUAUCCUAACAAAGUUGAUAUUUUCGCUCUGGCGAAUGAUGAUGCCAGAGCUGUACUAGAUAACAUUUUUGGCGAGUAA